AUGGUGCCACCAAAAAGAAAGGCACCUCAUCAACAUCCAGAUGUAAUGGAGCACGAUGAAGCAUUUCAAGAUCUAUUGAAGGAAGACUACAAGGGGAAAAAAUUUCAUGAUCCUAUCAAUACAGCAGAAGAUAAGUGGCAUUUGCUUCCAGCUUUUUUGAAAGUGAAAGGGUUGGUCAAACAGCAUUUGGACUCGUUCAAUUAUUUCGUGGAUGUGGACUUGAAGAAGAUUAUCAAGGCUAAUGAGCUUGUGCUAUCAGAUGUCGAUCCCGAAUUUUACGUUAAGUAUCUUGAUAUUAGAGUGGGUCAUAAGUCUACGUCUGCUCCUAAUACCAAGCAGGUUAUUUUGCCACCUCAUGAAUGUCGUUUACGUGAUUUGACUUAUUCUGCCCCAAUUUAUAUCGAUGUUGAAUACACUAGAGGGCGUAAAGUGAUUAUUCAAAAAGAUUUGGAAAUCGGGAGAAUGCCAAUCAUGUUGAGAUCCAAUAAAUGCAUUCUUGAUGGUAUUGAUGAGCAACAGAUGGCUCGCUUUGAUGAGUGUCCUAUUGAUCCCGGUGGAUACUUUGUUGUCAACGGUACUGAAAAAGUUAUUUUGGUUCAAGAACAAUUAUCGAAGAAUAGAAUCAUUGUAGAAGCAGAUGAGAAAAAGGGGAUAGUGCAAGCAUCGGUCACUUCUUCGACUCACGAAAGAAAAUCCAAAACUUAUGUGAUUACUAAGAAUGAUAAGAUUUAUUUAAAGCAUAACUCUAUUAGUGAAGACAUUCCUAUUGUUAUCAUCUUGAAAGCAGCUGGUAUCACUUCUGAUUUAGAAAUAUUGCAAUUGAUUUGUGGAAGUAAUCCCCAGUAUCAAGACUUAUUCGUUGCUAAUUUCGAAGAAGCUGCUAAACUCGAAGUAUUUACUCAACAACAAGCAUUAAACUAUGUUGGUAAAAGAGUUAAAACCGUGAGACGUGCUGGUGCUCCAAAAUUAUCUCAACUUCAAGAAGGUAUUGAAGCCGUUGCCACCACUAUCAUUGCUCAUCUUACCGUCUCUGGUUUACAAUUCCGUGAAAAGGCAUUAUAUAUAUCUACUAUGGCUCGUAGAGUUUUAAUGACCAUGGAUGAUCCAAGUAUGGUGGACGAUAGAGAUUACGUUGGUAAUAAAAGAUUGGAAUUGGCCGGUCAACUUAUGUCUUUAUUAUUCGAAGAUUUAUUCAAAAAAUUUAAUAGUGAUUUUAAGGCCAAUAUUGAUAAAAUAUUGAAAAAACCAAGUCGUACUUCAGAGUUUGAUGCAUUAUUGUCCAUAAAUAUCCAUUCAAAUAACAUCACCACUGGUAUGAAUAGAGCCAUUUCUACAGGUAACUGGUCUUUAAAGCGUUUCAAGAUGGAAAGAGCCGGUGUCACUCAUGUUCUAUCAAGAUUAUCUUAUAUCUCAGCAUUAGGUAUGAUGACUCGUAUUGCAUCGCAAUUCGAAAAGUCUCGUAAAGUCUCGGGUCCUAGAGCUUUGCAACCUUCUCAAUUUGGGAUGUUGUGUACUUCUGAUACUCCAGAAGGGGAAGCUUGUGGUUUAGUUAAAAAUUUAGCAUUAAUGACUCAUAUUACUACCGAUGAUGAAGAAUUACCAGUAAGAAAAUUAUGUCAUGUUUUAGGUUGCGAAGAUAUAUUGGGUGUUGAUUCUUCUACUUUGCAUAGUGAGGGUAAUUUCGGUAUCUUCUUGAAUGGUACCUUAAUAGGUAUAUCUAGAUUUCCAGCAAAAUUCGUUGCAGACUUCCGUAAUUUAAGAAGAUCGGGUAAAAUCUCUGCAUUUAUCUCCAUUUAUACUAAUACUCAUCAAAGAGCAGUUCAUAUAGCCACUGAUGGGGGUAGAAUUUGUCGACCAUUAAUUAUCGUUGAUCAAAAUAACAAAUCUAAAGUUAAGGCUCAUCAUUUAAAGAAAUUGUUAGAUGGUGAUUGGCAAUUCGAUGAUUUCUUAAAAUAUGGUUUAGUUGAAUAUUUAGAUGUCAAUGAAGAAAAUGAUUCUUUAAUUGCAUUAUACGAAAAGGAUUUAGAAGAACAUCAAAAUAUUACUCAUUUAGAAAUAGAACCAUUUACUGUUUUAGGAGCUGUUGCUGGUUUAAUUCCAUACCCUCAUCAUAACCAAUCACCAAGAAAUACUUAUCAAUGUGCUAUGGGUAAGCAAGCAAUUGGUGCAAUUUCAUAUAAUCAAUUUAGAAGAAUUGACACUUUGUUAUAUUUCAUGGUGUACCCUCAACAACCGAUGGUUAAGACCAAAACCAUUGAGCUCAUCAAUUAUGAUAAGUUACCAGCUGGUCAAAAUGCGACUGUGGCUGUCAUGUCUUAUUCUGGUUAUGAUAUUGAAGAUGCUUUGGUUUUAAAUAAAUCAUCGAUUGAUCGUGGGUUUGGUCGUUGUCAAGUUGUUCGUAAAAACACAAUUCAAUUGAAAAGAUAUCCAAACCACACAAAAGAUGUUAUUAGUGGUCAUAGACUUGAUGAAAAUAAUAACCCGAUUUUCCCUCAUAAAGCAAUUGGAUCUGAUGGUUUAGGUGAAGUUGGUAUGAGAAUUGAAAAUGGUCAAAUUUUUGCUAAUAAAUGCGUUCCAACCAAUGCAGGUGAAAGUGUUUUAGGAAAUGAUGCUCAAAACGGUGAAGCCCGUGAAUCCCAUCGUGAAACUCCUGCCUAUUAUAAAGGACCAGAACCUUCGUAUGUCGAUCAAGUCAUGAUGUCUACCAGUGAUAAUGACCAAACAUUAAUUAAAGUCUUAUUAAGACAAACCAGAAGACCAGAAUUAGGAGACAAAUUUUCUUCAAGACAUGGUCAAAAGGGUGUUUGUGGUAUUAUUGUACAACAAGAAGAUUUACCAUUUAAUGAUGAUGGUAUUUCACCUGAUAUCAUUAUGAAUCCACAUGGUUUCCCAUCUCGUAUGACGGUUGGUAAGAUGAUUGAAUUAAUUUCAGGUAAAGCUGGUGUUUUAAAUGGUUCUUUAGAAUAUGGUACUUGUUUCGGUGGGUCUAAAUUAGAAGACAUGUCUCAAAUCUUGAUUGAUAAAGGGUUCAGUUAUUCAGGUAAAGAUAUGUUGUAUUCAGGUGUUAACGGUGAAUGUUUACAAGCAUACAUUUUCUUUGGUCCUAUCUAUUAUCAAAAAUUGAAACAUAUGGUUCUCGAUAAAAUGCAUGCUAGAGCCAGAGGUCCAAGGGCUGUUUUGACCAGACAACCUACCGAAGGUAGAUCAAGAGAUGGUGGUUUGAGAUUAGGGGAAAUGGAAAGAGAUUGUGUCAUUGCAUAUGGUGCCUCCCAAUUAUUAUUGGAAAGAUUAAUGAUCUCCUCCGAUGCUUUCGAAGUUGAUGUAUGUAAUAACUGUGGGUUGAUGGGUUACAACAGUUGGUGUACUACUUGUAAGAGUAGUGACCAUGUUAUCAAGAUGACUAUUCCUUACGCUGCUAAGUUAUUAUUCCAAGAAUUGUUAUCCAUGAAUAUUGCUCCUAGAUUGAAAUUAGGGGAUGUCUUCUAA